AUGCAGCCUCUACUCCUCCCUCAGGUCCUCCUGCAGCUGCUGGCCAUUCUUUCUCAGGACUCUCUGCAGCCUCUACUGGGUACCCCUCAACUCAGUUGGAGGAGAAGCAUGCUGUUCCACCACUGCCAAGCUAUGGGUCUAUGGCACUGCUCUCACCAGCAGAGAAUCUGGAUGAAAACAGGAAUGGAAAUCUUGGGACUGUGGCCAGGCUCUAGACCGCCUGGUUGUCGUCCUGUCCCUCUGGACUGGGACAAGCACAAGUCCCAGAAGGUACCUGUUGCAGGAGAGGGAGAGCAUCAGUCCUCAGAGCCGUCUGCUCUCAGUGAGAGAUUCCCACCUGAUGACCCACCUGAGGAGGUGAGGGAGGAACACUUUGCUCAGGAUGACAUCUUUGGUGUGGCUUCUCUUGGCUCACAAACAAUGAUCCAGCCUGCACAGCCCACCAAAGUAAAAGAUGAGAUGGCACCACCACUGCCCUUCGUUCCCUCUCCACGAGCUGCUCGCACAGGUCCCAUCAAGACAGGUGGUCUACUUUUUGUCCUGGACCAUUUUCGGUGGACACAGCCCAUGAGGGAUUCCAUUGAUGGCCUUCUGGCAAAGUACCAUGGGCAGAAAGACCUUUUCAGCCAGGUGGAUGCAGAGUAUGCUGCCCUUGUGCAGGCUGCCUCCAAGGAUCCCAAUAGCCUCUUACACCCCACCACAAAACAGCAUAUCUCACGUUAUGUGAAACACCUGGCCAAGAUGACGAACACAAGUUCAUCCCUGAACACCAGUUCAGAGAAACUCCUGGAGACCCAGCAGCUGUGGCAUCACCUCACAGAAGGCAGUGAAACUGUAAGUGUUCCAGUGGUAAACCUCCCACCUGCCCCAGUGAACCCACCCAGAAAUAAGCCUCAGGAGUCCCCGCUAACUAAGCGUGAGAUCGAGCAAAUGGUGAAAGAGAUUGUGGAGAAGCAGCAGCAACAGCAGCCUGUUACAAAGAGGACACGGAACUGUCUUGCUUGUGUUCAGCCAAAGGUGAAACUAGAUGAAGUUCCCCAGCACUAA